AUGAACAAGUUGUGGGCCCUACUUUGUGUGGCAUUCUUCGCCGAUCCGAAUAUUGGAUCUCCGGUUAAAAGAAACUCUCCAGUCGAAAUUGAACUAGCUUCUCCAUUUGAAGAGAUAGGAGGUAAUUUCGAGGGAGACAUGGUACUAAGCCUUGAGCAACAGGACGCAGUGAAACACGGCUAUACGUCGAUCAUCGAUGAUUCCAUAACGUACAAGUGGCCCAAUGGUGUAGUGCCGUACGUCCUAGAUAAUAGCGUUUACUCCUUAACUCAACGCAACAGUAUCGAAUCUGCAUUGCAAGAGAUCGAGCUAGUCAGCUGUCUUCAAUUUGUUCGAAGAACUACGCAAAAGGAUUAUAUAUUUGUGACGGGCUCAGCCACUUCUGGCUGUUCGUCGGCCGUGGGCCGUCGUGGAAACAUGCAAACAUUGUCCCUGCAACCGAACGGCUGCCUCUCACGCGGGACGAUCAUCCACGAGUUUUUGCAUGCGCUAGGAUUCGUACACAUGCACAGCGCCUCCGACCGAGACUUCUUCGUAACAAUCAACGAGAGCGCCAUUUCACAACAGAACCUACGAGAUUUCAGUCGCCGCAACUCGACGCAGGUAGAAGACUACGGCAUUCCGUACGACUACGACAGCGUCAUGCACUACGGCCCGAAAACGUACUCCGCGAAUGGGGAGAUGACAAUCAUCCCCAAAGUCCCAGGCGUUACAAUCGGACAACGCGUAGGACUCAGCUACAAGGAUAUAAAGCGGCUGAACUAUCGCUACCCCAAUUGCUACAAAUGA